AUGGGAUCGAUGCACCGACUGCUCAGAGCAUACGUCGAUGGUAUAAGCAGUUUGAAGAAACAGGGUGUUUGUGCAAAGGAAAAAGCACAGGUCGACCUCGUGUAUCCGAUGCUAAUGUGGAAAGAACUAGAGAGAGUUUUCAACGCAGUCCGUGUAAGUCAACAAACCGCGCAAGUCGAGAACUAGAAAUUCCACAAACAACUGUUCGGCGUGUUUUAAGACGGCGUUUAACUACGAAACCAUACGGGUUGAAACUGUUGCAGGCUUUAAAACCCAGUGAUAAGUUGAAACGACUUGAAUUUAGCAUUUUUAUGCAAGAGGCUAUGCAAGAUGGAAAUUUUGCUUCUCGCUUAGUUUUCAGUGACGAAGCGUCCUCCCACUCGAGUGGUAAAGUAAACCGUCAUAACAUAACCUAACCUAACCACCAUUGCCAUCGACCCUAGAUGAAUUGAAAAAUCGAAUAACAACGGCGGCGAAGUCAAUUACAAAAGAUAUGUUGCAAGAAGUAUGGAAUGAAUUUGUCUACCGACUAGAUGUUAUUCGUGUGACCAAAGGAGCUCACAUGGGACAUUUAUAA